AUGUCUUCAUCAGAGGAUGAGAUGCCUCUCGCCAGAGGGCGUCGAAAAUCCAAUGGCCGAGCUGUCCUUCCCGAAAAGAUUGACCCCGCUGUGGAUCGCCGAAUGGAGGAAGAAUCUAUGGAGAUCGAUGCCGCACAUACUCCAGGGAUGGCUAUGGACCCUGGAAAGGUUUCCAAAGUUAUCAAUGGUACUUCUGGCAAGCGGAAAGCUGCCAUGAAGCCCGCCAUCAAGGAAGAAGACGAUGAUGAAGAGUCGGAUUCUGCCCCUUUGUCUAAAAGAAGACGAACUACCGUCAACGGCACAAAGAAACAACUUGUUGAUUCGGAAGACGAAGACGACAUCCCGCUGAGCUCUUCAAGGAGACGAUCGACAAAAUCUAUGAAAGAAGAAUCCGAAUCAGAUUUCGAAGAUGACGAUGACGAUGACGUUCCCCUUCAAAAGCUAGCCAAGGACAGAAAGAGCAUCGAAAAGGCUGCCGCCAAAGCCACUCCCAAAAGCAAACCUGCAGCAAAGGCUACCCCAAAGACAAAAUCCGCCACCAAACGUAAACCGAAGGACGAGACACCCUCCGAUGCUUCCGACAGCGAUAUCCCCAUCGCCAAGCAAAGAAAAACAGCAUCAGCUAAGAAAUCCAAGGUAAUUAAAGAUGAGGAAGAUAGCGAAGAGCCUACCCCCGCCAAAGGCAAGAAGGGCAAGGGCAAAGCCGCAGCGCCCGCGCCGAAGAAAGCCGCCAAGGGUAAGGCUAAGAAGGAGGAGGAAGCAGAGGAGGAAGCAGCAGGAGCUAGCCCCGACGGUGAAGAGCAAUCCGACGAGUACAAGUGGUGGCUCGCCGAGCAAAAUGACGGAAACCAAAAAUGGGAAACUCUUCAGCAUUCUGGUGUCAUGUUUCCCCCCCCUUACGAACUACUUCCCAAGAAUGUCAAAAUGAAAUACGAUGGUGUCCCAAUCACUCUUGGCCCGGAAGCCGAGGAAGUCGCUGGAUUUAUGGCUGCCCUUCUUGAAGCACCCCAGGCUAGUGAUAAGAAAUUUCUCGACAAUUUUUUCGCAGAUUGGAAAACAGUUCUUAAGGAAACCGGUGGUGCAAAGGAUAAAAAUGGAAAUACCGUCAAAAUUCAGAGCUAUGAUAAAUGCGACUUCCGCCCCAUGUUCGAACACUUCACCGCUCUGAAGGAGGCAAAGAAGGCCAUGUCAGCUACUGAGAAGAAAGAAGCCAAGGCAGAGAGGGAGAAGAUUGAGGAGCCGUAUCAAUACUGCCUGUGGGAUGGCCGCAAGGAGAAGGUUGGAAACUUCCGCGUCGAACCCCCCGGUCUAUUCCGAGGCCGUGGUGAACAUCCUAAGCGUGGCAUGUACAAGAAGCGUGUUGCUCCCGAACAGAUUACGCUGAACAUUGGCAAGGGAGCCACGGUCCCACCACCACCCAAGGGGCACAAAUGGGGUAAUAUUGUCCACAAUCAAACAGCUUCGUGGCUAGCUAUGUGGACCGAAAACAUCAAUGGCAACGUCAAAUAUGUUAUGCUUGCUGUCACUAGUUCCUUGAAAGGCCAAAGUGACUUCAAGAAAUAUGAGAAAGCUCGUGAACUCAAGAAACAUAUUGAGAAGAUCCGUCGCGAGUAUACACAAGAGCUGAGCGACAAGCAGACCAUGGUUCGACAGCGAGCCACCGCUAUUUAUCUAAUUGACAAGUUCGCUCUUAGAGCAGGUAAUGAAAAGGGUGAUGACGAGGCGGACACCGUCGGUUGUUGCAGUUUGCGAUACGAACAUGUUACUCUUGAAGAGCCUAACCUUGUCCAUUUCAAGUUCUUGGGUAAAGACAGUAUCCAAUUCGAUCAGGUCUACACCGUCGAUAAGCAGGUUUUCAAGAAUUUGCGUAUCUUCAAGAAGGCGCCCAAAGGCCCGGGCGAUGACCUUUUCGAUCGUAUUCAAACAAAACACAUCAAUGAGUGGUUUAAAGAACAUAUGCCAGGACUCAGUGCAAAGGUCUUCCGUACCUACAAUGCUUCCUGGACCAUGCAACAAGAGCUUUCCAAGAUGAAGAAUAUUGGCACCAUCGCUGAAAAGCAUGCCGCUUACAACGAGGCGAACAAGAAGGUCGCAAUUCUCUGCAACCAUCAACGUACCAAGAGCAAGAUGCACGACUCCCAGAUGGAAAAGAAGAUGUAUGAGAUCAAGGCAUUGAUGUACCAGAAAUGGAGGUUCAAGCAGAUGAUCCUGAACUUAGAGCCAAAGCUCAAAAAAAAGAAACCAGAGUACUUUAAACUAGACGCUGAGAUCGAUGACCAAGACUGGAUUAAGGAACACCAGGAAUGGCUUAUCGAGGAAGAGAAGAAGAAGAUCGAAAGGAAAUUCGCCAAGGAUAAUGAAAAACUCGUGGCAAACGGCGAAAAGGAGAUGAAAGCUUCUGAGCUCAAAUCUCGCCUAGGCGCACUCGACGAUAUGAAGAAAGAGUUCGCGAAAGAAAACAAGUCUGGGAAGGUGGAGGCCGCUGGGAAGUCCCCGUCCGUCGAAAAAUUCGAGGAACAAAUCACCAAACUCGAUGAUAAGAUUCAGGUCAAGACUAGUAUGAUGAAGGACAAGGAAAAUACGUCGGAGGUGUCGCUUGGCACAUCCAAGAUCAAUUACAUUGAUCCUCGUCUAUCUGUUGUCUUUUGCAAGAAGUUUGGCGUCCCUCUCGAGAGAAUUUUCCCUAAAACUCUUCGGGAUAAGUUCAAGUGGGCCAUUGAAAGUGUCGACGAGAACUGGGAGUUUUAA